UUUUUUUGAGGGCGUAAAGGAGAACAAGUUUCCAAAUUUAGCAUCAAACGCAUUUUUUUGCGUCACUUUUUCUGUUUUCUUUCCUUUUUUUUAUUUUCUUUUCACCCCCUCCCCUUAUUAUUACAUAUCGUUUACGUUUUAUUGUUAUACUACAUGAUCUAUUUGCACUAUUUCCUUUUAUUAUUAACUUUACUUUUCAGCCUACCUCCUUUUAUAGAUGCGGAACCAAUAUCAUCGGUAUAAUAAACACUUGUUUCUAUUCUUAUUCCUCCUUUUUUUUUUUAUUAACACUAAAAAUAGUCAUCAUCAUCAUCAACAUCCUUGUCUUCUAUUACUACUACCAAUGCCAUGGAAAUCAUGGACAUGUUGAACAAAGGUGCUGAAUAUAAAUUAAACCUUGUUAUCAAAAAGAAACGUUUAUAUGAUACUAUUAAAGCAGUUCAUGGCGAAUAUAAUGAUGAAUUAUAUUCUUUAGCAGGUGUUCAACUAGAAGAUUAUGAAGCAUUUGAAACAUUUGUAUUGGGAAUUCUUGACAUUUACAAUCAAACUAUUCAUCAAUCCUUCAACAAUGCCUAUUAUGAUUUUCGAACUCCUGCUCUCAAAUUAACCUUUGAUUUUCAAAAAGCCGUCAAAUUGUCUCACCAAAACCUUAAAUUUGUUGUUGCUGAAUCCUUUUUAGAUAAAAAGCAACAUGAAGCUCAUUCUGAUAUUGUAACUCAUUCUGAUGAAAGCUCUAAUGAAUCAGUAGUAGAAGUUUUUAAUGACAUGUUAAAAGAAGUGAGUCAUAUUGCGGAUCGAUUAGAACAAGAAAUGAAACAAAAUAUGAUUGUAUUUUCUACUGAUGAAGGAAAUGUUGAAACUGUCUUGAAAUUAGAAAAAACUGAAGGUGAAGAACUAGUUAAUUUAGUAGAUCAAGAUAAUAAUGAAUAUGUUAUGAUGAAACCAUUUGAUACAACUGUGAUUGUAGAAGAUGUUCAGUUAAUUUAUGAUCUUGUUCUUAUUCUAAUCACCUCAUUUGUACUGGGCUGGAUGUUUACUUGGAUAGAUUUACCAGCCUUUUUUGGAUAUAUUUUAGCUGGUAUUGUAAUUGGACCUUCUGGCUAUAAUUUAAUUCAGGAACUAGUUCAGAUAGAGACAUUAUCACAACUUGGUGUUGUAUUUAUCAUGUUUGUUCUUGGUCUUGAAUUCUCUUUGGAAAAGAUUAAAAAAAUGUGGAGAUUGUCAUUAGGUGGAGCCAUCAUGAUUCUAUUAGUGACCGUUUUAUUUUUUAUCACAUUGGGAGUGAUGAUAGACGCAAAUAUAAAAGAGGCAGUUUUUGUAGGCGUUUGCAUUAGUUUAAGCUCUACUGCAGUUGUUAUAAAAUGUAUUAAGCUUGAUCAACUAGAUCAUUUAUAUGGACUUUUAGUAAUGCAAGAUGUCAUUUUGGGCUUUAUGUUGGCUAUGAUUCCAGUUCUUUCCAAAUCAGGUACCCAAAUCUUUCUUGCUAUAUUAAGGAUAUCAUUUUCAUUUGCUAUAUUUGGAUUUGUCUGUUUUGGCAUACUUCGAUUGAUGCCUGUCAUUUCAUUUUGUCUUCGUCGGUUUAUAUCCAUUCAAAAAAAUCAUGAAAUUAUACUUUUAGGGACAAUUGCUAUGUGUAUGAGCAUGUUAAUUCUUUCAGUUUAUUUAGGAUUAGGUAUGGAAUUAGGUUGUUUUGCUGCAGGUGUCAUCCUUCGUUCACGCAAAGGUAUGUUUGAAGUUUCCAUAAAAGUAAUCGAACCUAUACGAGAUAUGUUUGCCUGUUUAUUUUUUACUGCUAUUGGUUUACAUAUCUAUCCAUCCUUUCUUGCAUCAGAAGCCAUGUUACUUUUCACCCUAGCAGGUGGUGUCAUUGGAUUCAAAUAUAUUGUAACCUGUAUUAUUCUCUAUCUUUUCAAGUUUGAUCUACAUAAAUCAUCUACAAUGGCUAUUGCAUUAGCACAAAUAUCAGAAUUUGGAUUUGUACUUGCAUCUCGUGCAAAACAACUCUCUAUUGUAUCUAGAGAAGUUUAUUAUAUUUUAAUAGCUAUUACAUCCAUUACUUUAAUAGCGACACCUGUUUUAUUAAAAAUUACUGCCGCAAAUAACUCUACUACUACCACAUCAUUUAAUGCAGAUAUCAUACCAUUAUAUCGACAGCAACGACAAGAACAUAAUAGUAAUCAACAAGAAGUAAUUUCUAUUCCACUUUCAGAUACCGAAAAACUUGCAUAAUAUGAAAUUAAAAUAUUAGCAGAGUCACUACUCAUUUCUCUAUCUCUCUACCUCCCUUUUUUUUUGUUUGUUUGUUUCUUGCUUCUCUCCUUCUCCUCUUUAUUAAAUUCAUAAUCAACAUUAAGCUGUAAUAAAUAGAAUAUUCCUUUUUUUUUGCAUUUAAUGAACUUCAAUUAUUAUAUUGACAUUAUUAUUAU